AUGACGGUGACAGCAGAUGAAGACAGCAGAGACAGACAUAGUUCCUGGGGCAGGGGAAGGGAGGCCAGGGGACAGCAGGGAGGCACAGGGGAACGGCCAGGGGACGGGACAGGGGAAGGGGCACAGGGACAGGGGGACAGGGAGGCAGGGGGACCAGGGGACAGGGACCAGGGAGUGCACAGGGACCAGGGGAGGCAGGGAGGCACAGGGGACAGGGGACAGGGGACAGGGAGGAACAGGGGACCAGGGGAGCAGAGGCGGGGACAGGGGACGGGAGCACAGGGGAAGGGGACCCAGGGGACAGGAGCAAGGGGACCAGGGACCAGGGGAGGCAGGGACGGACAGGGGACCAGGGGGACAGGGAGCGCACAGGGGCCAGGGGACCAGGGGGACCAGGGGGAAGGGGACCGGGAGGGGCAACGGGGACCCAGGGGACAGGGGAACCAUGGAGGACGCAGGGACAGGCGAGGGAGGACAGGGGACCAGGGACGGAGGCACGGGGACCAGGGGGACAGGGGACAGGGGACGGGUAGGCACAGGGGAAGGGGACCAGGGAAGGAGGCACAGGGGACAGGGAGGGACAGGGAUGGGACCAGGGACAGGGAGGCACAGGGGCAAGGGGAGCAGGGAGGCACAGGGGACCAGGGGAAGGGGGCACAGGGGAGCACAGGGGCACAGGGAGGCAGACCAGGGAGGACAGGGGACCAGGGGAAGGGGAGGCACAGGGGCAAGGGAGCACAGGGAGCCAGGGGAACAGGGCACAGGGGGCAGGACGGGGACGAGGGACGCGAGCACAGGGGACCAGGGGACGGGAGGGGCCAGGGGACAGGGGACCAGGGAGGCACAGGGAAGGAACAGGGAGGCGCAGGGGACGGGACAGGGGCACAGGGAGGCCAGGGACCAGGGGACAGGCAGAGACAGAGGGAGGGAGGACAUGACAGGGUAGACAGGGGACCAGGGACCGGCCACAGGGGAGCAGGGGACGCAGGGGACGGAGCAGGGGACCAGGGGACAGGGAGGCAGGACGGGGACCAGGGGCAAGGGGGAACAGGGGACCAGGGGACCAGGGAGGCACAGGGGACCAGGGGACCAGGGGACCAGGGUUCAGCUUGGGCCCUGUCACUGUACCCUGGGCUGGGGGAUCAGUGA